AAAUGUCAGAUUUGAUCUCGAUUUGAUGCCGUUCCAACGCUAACAGUAGUUUUGCGUCGUCUUUCUGUAUUUUCACAUAUUUCUCCCUUAUUUUCGGUGAUUUUGCAAGCCAAGAGAAGGACAAUAGACUUGUGCCUUUGAUGAAAAAGAUGUCCCAAUUUACCUAUAUAAACGAUAUCAAUUACGCUCUUGGUGGAAUGGAUAGUGAUUUGACACGCGGUCCAAUGCCGCGGUGGCAGAAGAAGCUGGAAACAUCCACUUCCUCAGCCCACAACUCAUCAGUUAAUAACUCCAAGCUGUCGGUGUCAUAUAAUAAUGCGUGCGUCGGGAACGGAGCCUCCGGAUCUCAUAAGACCCCCAACAAGGGGUCAGGUAAGAAAACGCCCUCCGGCAAGACGCCUGGGAAGAAGACACCGGGCUCUAAAGAGCGCGCUAAGACACCAACUGGUGGCGAUCGCUUUAUUCCCAAUCGGGCGGCUUCGAACUUCGAGCUGGGGCACUAUUUAAUCAACAGGGAGCAACAGCGCGAGGAAGAAGAGUCUGCGGAGGGCAGCAAGGCGACAGGAGAGCAGAGGAAGCUGCUGACGGAGACCGUCAAGGGCAAUGCGGAUCAGAGAAUCCUGAGUUAUCAGGUGAAGGCGCCAUCGGCGCCGGACAGUCAUCAGAACCCCCUGAAGGUGGUGUACUCCACAAAGACGCCCGUAUCCACCAAGAGCGGCUCGCGAUACAUUCCUCAUGCGCCAGAAAGAAUCCUGGAUGCGCCAGACAUCAUCAAUGACUACUAUCUUAACCUGAUGGAUUGGAGUCAGAGCAACGUGGUGACCAUCGCCCUGGGCAACUGCAUUUACUUGUGGAACGCCAGCAAUGGCAAGACGGAUCAACUGCUGGAGUACGACGAAGGCGAGCACGCAUGUUCGCUGGCAUGGAUCCAGGCGGGAAAUAUCCUGGCGGUGGGCAACAACUCGGGCAUCGUGGAGCUGUGGGAUUGCGCCGUGAAGAAGCGCCUCCGCGUGAUGGACGGUCACAAUAACCGCGUCGGCGUGCUGGCGUGGAAUUCUUACAUCGUCUCCUCGGGCAGCCGUGAUGGCAGUAUUGUCAAUCACGAUGUCCGCACGCGCCAGCAUUGCGUGAACAGACUUGCGGGACAUACCCAGGAAGUGUGUGGGUUGCGCUGGUCACCCGAUGGACGACACCUGGCCAGCGGAGGGAACGAUAAUCUGGUGAAUGUGUGGCCAGCGGCGUCGGGAGGAAGUCACUCGCGUGACCAGGCGCUGCACACUUUCAGUGACCACCAGGCAGCCGUGAGGGCGCUCGCCUGGUGUCCGUGGAGUCCCAAUGUGCUCGCCACGGGCGGAGGAACGGCUGACAGGUGCAUAAAGUUCUGGAACGUGAACAAUGGCAAUCUGAUGGAUUCUAUUGACUCCAAAUCCCAAGUUUGUGCGCUUCUCUUCUCCAAGACUUACAAGGAACUCAUCUCGGCUCACGGAUAUGUGAACAAUCAGCUCACCAUUUGGAAAUACCCGUCGAUGGUGCGCCAGGCUGAGCUCACCGGCCACACUGCCCGCGUGCUGCAAAUGGCCAUGUCACCUGACGGAAGCACCGUGAUCAGCGCCAGCGCCGAUGAGACUCUGCGGCUCUGGAAUUGCUUCGCUCCGGAUCCCAAUCAGGCCAAGAAGGACAAGACCACGACCACCGUGCGCUCUCAGAGCGUCUUCCGCACCUGCAUUCGAUAGUGUGUUCCCUUCAACUUCGACUUUGAUUGUGUAAAUCCUAGUUCUGACAAUUUUUGCAAAGGAUUAAAUUGCAUUUUGUAGUGGGAAAAUGCCAAAAUUCCCAUGUUUUUGAUAUUUUUUUUGAAAAAGACUUGAGAGA